AUGGAAUUGAGGCUUGAUAUUUUAGUUUAGCCAUAAACUUAGUUAUAAAUAACUCAACACAAAUAUAUAGAACCUGAAUUUAGAAAAUAAAUGUCAUUUAUUUUUUACGUAAAAUGUUAACAUAAAUGCAGGUUUUAGAGCUGGACCAAUAUAUCGGUCUGGCUCUAAAUAUAUAUAAAUAUAUAUAUAUAUAUAUAUAUCGGGUGAUGUAUUGGUAUCUGAAAUUUUGGACUACCUAAUAUCGGCAUCCGCCCCCAAACAUCCAUAUCGGUCGGGCUCUAAUUUACACCAUCAGCAGACAUUGACUUUGUUGUGUAGUGGUUUCUAUCGUGGUGAUGUCACUGUCAGGAUGAUUGGACAUAAGUUAGAUGUAAACAUUAUGUUUCUUUGGUUGCAUGCAGCGAUUAGAGUAGAGUCCAUGUACCGGGGGGCUGAUGUGACUGUAUUGUAACGCUCAUGAAACUGCAUAUACGCAAUUUAUUUUCGUUCCAUUUUGUGUUCUGGUUUCCUGCAGCAGUGAAGCAUCUAACAGUUGUUUUCAUUAUUGUUCAAUCUGCUGAUUUUUUUCCUCUUCCAGAUUGAUCGAUUUCACAUUUUGUCACACAAACUUUAGAUUUAGUUUACUUUCAUUCGUCACCAAGGAAAAUCAUCGCGUUGGCUUAGAAAAUAAAACACGAAUAACUGAAAUAUUCUAACAUCAAAACAUUGUCAGAUUAAGUUACUAUCGUAACUCAUAAAUCCUUUGAUGUGUUAUUACAACGCAAAAAGACGUUACGCUCUCAAAAUUUCGUUAGACGCAGUCGACACUGUGAAACCUGGAAUCAAAUGACGAUUUUGAUAAAAGAGGCAAUUUUUGUCCUCGCUCUCCGUCGCCAUCGCCGUCCAAACUUCUCGCUGGCGCAGAGUUUCCCACUCGUCCGGUCGAGCCGCAUGCCGCGGCUGCUCGACCGGCGCUCUGGCAUUUCCAGCUCGGUGUCGAGUUCACAUUCAGCAGGCUGUUGGCGUGCAUCUGUCAGGCUUCGCAGCGAGGAAUACUGUACAUGCUCUCCGGUGCACUGUCGAUCCCUGUUACAGUAUCAGUGUGCGGUGUAGAGGGGGGGCGGCCCCAUGGAGCUGCAGAGGGGCCACACAGCCCGAUGGCAUUUAACCAUUACAUUAGUACAUUCAUAAACAAACGUGGAAGUGGUGAUAAAAACUUACAUUAACAGUUCACGAUAACUAAACAUAUAUAUAUCAAUAUGUUUGAGAUGAACCAGUAUAAGCUGACAAUGGCCGCCAUACUAAUCUAGUUAAUGUACAUAUUUUCUGCAUUGAUUGUUCUGAAAAAGCAAAGGUUUCAUAUCAACAAACAUAGACGCAGAUACUGAUACCGGCCUAAUGGUCAAACUGUAAAAUAUCAAGCUUCCGGCACAUUUCUUUGUCGUUAAGGUUUCAUAAAGGAAUCAUUGCCAUUUUUAAAAAAACGUAUAAAAAAUAUAUCGAAAAUAUAUUUUUUGUUAUCGGCAUCAGCCCUCAGAAAUCAGUUUUAAUAUUGACAGAUGAUGAAGAUGCAGACUCGGCAAACGGGAUCGUCGAGGGCUCGUCGGCUGCGUGUUUGCGUGUUUGCGUGACGUGACGUGUUACAGGAUGUUUGUUUCUAAUGUACUUUGCCCGGUCGUUGGCGCUGGUGUCUGAGUCGUCGUCGUCGUCGUCAUUAGCGGGAUUAGAGCGAAGCAUUGUGAGAUUAAAGGUGGAGAGCAGCAGCAGCACUCAGCCAUCUGUCUUCUGCUUUAUUAACCUGCACGACGCUGCUGCGACACGACACGACACCCGGAGCCAGGCGGUGGCCCCAGAGGGUCACGUGACAUAACCUCAUUUUUUUUCUCAAUUCAUUGAUUGGCUGAGUUUUGCUGUGUGUCCUCCUGGUAGACAGAGAGAGAGGCAGUGUAUCUGGGAUUAUCAGGCUAUAUUAAAACCUUCAUCCCCUUAGACUGAAUCAACCUGCAGGACCCAGAGUCCAGACUCCUGAAGUGAUCCGGUCCCGGGUCGCCCUGGUCCAGGGCUGUAGUCCGGCUGAACCACUUCCUCAAGCAGAACGUCAUUUAAAAAAACCUGUUAUGCAAAGAGGGCGAGCCGGUCUACUCUCUCGGUCACAGCGGCUCACAGACAGCGUCGCCCGUCACCCUGCCGCCGCUUCGAAACAACAACUGCAACCCCCUGACGGGAGGCACUAAAGCCGCCAUGUCGGACGCUGUCCAGCUGUCGUCGCAGUCUCACAUCGCCAAGCUGUACGAGGAGAACACCAACAAGCGUCCGAUCCUCACCUCCCAGCCCAACGGCCUGGGUCCGCUCGGCUCCGCCCGGUCGGGCCUGCCGCUGCCCGACCGGCAGACCUUGGCCUCGGAGCCCAGCCAGCACGGCCGCCAGGGCAGCGCCACCUCCAACAAGUCGACAGACAGCAAGCCAAAGCCCAACCCCCUGUCGCCAGAGCAGGCCAUGAAGCAGUUCAUGUCCAAAAUGUCCUCGUUCGAGCACCACGAGGUUUUCAGCUUCACCGAGGUGUUUUUUGUCGGCCCGAAUGCCAAGAAGAGGUCAGGGGUCGUUGGCGGAUCCAACAACGGCGGCUACGACGACGAUCAGGGAUCCUACAUCCACAUCCCACACGACCACAUCGCCUACCGCUACGAGGUCCUGAAGGUCAUCGGCAAGGGCAGCUUUGGACAGGUGGUGAAGGCGUUCGACCACAAGCUGCAGACCCACGUGGCUCUGAAGAUGGUCCGCAACGAGAAGCGCUUCCACCGGCAGGCGGCGGAGGAGAUCCGCAUCCUGGAGCACCUGCGGAAGCAGGACAAGGACUCGAGCAUGAACGUCAUCCACAUGCUGGAGAACUUCACCUUCCGGAACCACAUCUGCAUGACCUUCGAGCUGCUCAGCAUGAAUCUGUACGAGCUCAUCAAGAAGAACAAGUUCCAGGGCUUCAGCCUCCCGCUGGUCAGGAAGUUUGCCCACUCCAUCCUGCAGUGUCUGGACUCACUGCACAAGAACCACAUCAUCCACUGCGACCUCAAGCCCGAGAACAUCUUACUCAAGCAGCAGGGACGCAGCGGCAUCAAGGUCAUCGAUUUUGGUUCGAGCUGUUACGAACAUCAAAGAGUUUACACCUACAUCCAGUCCAGGUUCUACCGAGCUCCUGAGGUCAUUCUAGGCUCCAGGUAUGGGAUGCAUAUCGACAUGUGGUCCCUGGGCUGCAUUCUGGCUGAGCUGCUGACCGGUUACCCGCUGUUGCCGGGUGAAGAUGAAGCUGACCAGCUGGCCUGCAUCAUCGAGCUCCUGGGCAUGCCCAGCCAGAAGCUCCUCGACGCCUCCAAGCGAGCCAAGAACUUUGUGUCGUCCAAAGGCUACCCGCGGUACUGCACCGUCACCACGCUGCCUGACGGCACCACUGUGCUGAACGGUGGACGAUCGCGGCGAGGGAAGGCGCGCGGGCCGCCGGGCAGCAAAGACUGGAGCGCAGCGCUGAAGGGCUGCGACGACCCUCUGUUCUUGGACUUCCUCAAACUGUGUCUAGAGUGGGACCCGGCGUUGCGGAUGACGCCCAGCCAUGCUUUGCGCCACCCGUGGCUGAGGAGGCGCCUUCCCAAGCCGCCUUCAGGAACCACCGCCACCCUGGGGGAGAAGACCUCAUCCUCCAAAGGCGCCAUCACUUCUUUAUCCAAGCUCGCCACCACCUCCUCAACCAUCGCGUCCUCCUCCAAAACCAGGACUAACUUGGCGGCGAUAACCGACGCCAAUGGAAACAUCCAGCCUAGGACGGUUCUGCCCAAACUGGUCAGCUGAGAGUGAACGCACCCCACUCGCUGUGCUCUCGUACAGCCGCUAGCAACCAGCUGGACCUGAGUACAACUGGUUUGUCCCGUUUUGAAGCACAUUUGGUGGGAGUUUUCCACACAGGUUCUCACAGCGUUGUUGGGGUGCGUUCAGGACAAAUACAGUCAUGGACGCUUUGCACUGGGUUGCAAAAAUGUAGAAGAUGGCUAGGCAGGGACGUGAGCUGCAGGAACCUAGAUCGAGGAACUGGGGUGCGUUGUCAGUCUUGGAAAUUUGUGGUUUUACAUUGUGAGCAGCAGGAAGUGUUUGAAAUGACUGUGAGGCUGCGCAGACAAUCAACACACACCACACAUCUGUAGCUCCGAACACACAAACACAAACAUGGUGCUGACGCAGGGAACAAGGCUUUCUUUUCUUUUUCUUUUCUUUUUAGCACAGAAUCUAUUAAGCUGGGCUUAUAGUUGAUUAACUGAUUAAACACCAAAAACAACUUUUAUUGACUUCAGUCUUACAAGGUUAUAUCUAGCAGACAAUAAGAGCCUCAAAGAAAACAUAUUGUUAACUGACAAACAAAAAAGACAUAUCCUUAUAAAACUGAGCUACAGCUGAGAAGGCAGCGAUUAGCUUGCUAGUCUUUGUUUUCCAUCUCAUAAAAUAACUACUUUUUGUCACAUUUCAGUUUGGGGAAGAUUAGUGGACCUAUGUCAUUAUCGUUUCAUUAUCAACCCCAAACUGAACCGUCUACCAGUGAGCGGGCUAACUUUCCUUGCUCGCUGUUUUACAUCAUGUUGCCAUGCUAGCUAACCGUUAACUGGCACUGGUUAGCUUAUAGACAGCGACUUGUUUGUGUGUAGCUGUCACGUUGCUACCUAUUCACACCUAGCUGGCUAGCAGUUAGCCUAGCAAACUCUAUAUCAGUUAGCUAGCUAACGUUCCGAGCUAGCUGGAUUACAUCAUGUUGCCAUGCUAGCUAACUGUUAACUGGCACUGGUUAGCCUGUAGACAGCUACUUGUUUGUGUGUAGCUGUCACGUUGAUACCUUUCCACGCCUAGCAAACUUUAUAUCAGUCAGCCAGCUAGCUAUAGCUAGCAAACUAUUUGCCUUUGUUGGCAGUCUGGUGGCUAGCCUCAGCCUCUUUUAGCCAUAGCCUGUUAGCUCUCCACUGCCCAGCCUUACGAAGCACAGACAGAAUGACUAAAUGUUUUUUUAACGCCUCAGAUUUAAAUUAUUUUUUAAGUGUUUUAAAGUUUUGCGAAGUUUAGCAGAAAGAGUAAAGAGGUAAAGGAGGGGGAAAAAAGACCAGAAAAGAAAAAAGGUGUUUGAGUUAGCCAGCACCAUUUUGUUCCAUAUCAAUCACAUCUGAUUAUUGAUGAUACAAAAUGGCUGCUGAAAAGAGGAGAGAAGAAAGUAGACUGAAGGUUGUUUUAAUGGACAAGUUAUAAAUCAAAGGGCUCUGAUAUUUUAAAAAAAAUGUGUUAGAAACCAAAGUCUUGUUUAUAUGAACUUUAUCACCAGAUGCUGCCAGAAAAUUACAAAAUAUUACACACUGGGGCUUUAACAGAUUAAUGCUGCCUUGCAUUAUACCUCUGAGCUCGAAACCCGGAAGUCUGGGUUAUCGUUCCAUUAUAAUCUCUGGGAACUCGCAAUUACCAACAUCUGAGUCAUUAUUUUGACUUGGAAGGUCGGAGGAAAUUCACCAACCCCACUUCCGAGGUUUAAUGGAACAUUGUGUUAAAAAUUCACGCAAUUUGCCUGAUUCCAGCUCGAGUAAGAAAUGGACCCCACUGGUCGGAAUAUUCAACAACUCUUAUUGUCCGAUAAUACGGAAAAUCCAAACAUGAAAUACUGGGGCUCAUUUCUGUUUCCUCAUUGGCAGCAAAACAGGUUACAAGAGCCGUCGAAUCCUCCCAAAGUCAUCACUCGACUUCCAAAACCCUCUAAACUCUCGGCUACAAACAACCAACAACGUUGGUUACGUAACCUAACCCCCCAGAUUCUAUGAGUAGACGCUGACACUAUCGGGUCUGAGCGAAGCCCAAACGUUUUUGUUUUUUUUAAAUAUUCGUCAGCUGAUUCGCAGGAUUCUUGUAUUAAGUGUUUGAGGUAACUCAGUAGCAAUACGGCACGAUAGUGCAACAGCAUGUGAGAUGAAAUAAUGAACUAAACUUCCCCCCCAAAAAAAGAUACAAAUUACCAGUUUGGAUAAUGUGCAAACUAGCAGCAACCCUGAUCAAUCAAACAGGUACAGGUAAUAUAUUGAUCACAGGUCAGUAUUAGUUAGUAGAGCUUGUGUUGAUUGUGGCCGGGUUGUUAAAAAGAUGCGUCUUAUUUAUUUACUCCACUUUAAUUGAUAUUUAUUAACCUUAUCUACAUAUUUACUACGAUGUGCAGUUCAUACCUUAUACUUGAAUGUGUGUGAGCGUGUUGGGUGUAUGUAUGUAGCAGUGUGUAUAUGCGACGUCGAUGUUAUGACAGGUUUUCUUAAAGCUUGUUCCCUCACACACACAAACACACACAUAUCUAUAUAAAAACACAAAAAUGUAUCUUAACGCACUCUGAAAAUUGGAUCGCAAGGGCGAGGAUGAUGACGAGGAGGAGGAGGGAGAUUAUGUGUGCCGUCCGCCUGGCACCCGUGUUGUAAUGUAGCACACAAGAGGAGGACGACGACGGCAACGGCGUGAUGCACAGAAGGAAUUUAUAAUGUCGAACAAAAGACUACCUGCUCCGCCCACCUCAGGGGAAGCCCGACCCCCUCCUGACGGAGGAGGAGGAAGUGUGGGGCGGUCCUCUUGGAUGUUGUUUGUUUGUUUUCUAAAGAUUUGAUUGAUUGAUUGGUUUGUUGAUUGUGUUUUUUAAUUUUUUUAAUGUUUUUUUAGUGAGGAGUGCUGAGAGUCGUAACUUUGUGCCUUCAGUAUCUCAUCGCCAUGCUGCGCCCACCCAACGCACACACACACACUUUAUAUAGUGGUGAUGUCAUAGCCACAAAUCACAAAUUUUGGUGCAACUAACAAUUUCAUCUUUGUGGCUCAUGUCCCAGAAAUUCCACCAAUCAGUUCCGUUAAAUAAACAACUCUUUCAUAUCAGGAGAUCA